UAAUUCCUACAAAACCCUAAUUCUCUCGCAGUUUAAGAGCCACCGUCAUUUGUGUGUGGUUCCUUCAUCUUUCUCUCUCAUCACCAGCUGACGACAUGGCUCCUUACUCUAAAGAACCCGAUAAUCCCACCAAAUCUUGCAAGGCUAGGGGUUCAGAUCUCAGAUGCCAUUUCAAGAACACUAGGGAGACUGCCUUUGCUCUUAGAAAGAUGCCUUUGAACAAGGCCAAAAGGUAUCUGGAGGAUGUCUUAGCUCACAAGCAGGCUAUUCCUUUCCGUCGCUUCUGCAGAGGUGUUGGUAGGACUGCUCAAGCAAAAAACAGGCACUCCAACGGUCAAGGUCGCUGGCCUGUUAAGUCAGCCAAAUUUGUUCUUGACUUGCUGAAGAAUGCUGAAAGCAAUGCUGAGAUGAAAGGUUUGGAUGUGGAUUCUCUCUACAUCUCUCAUAUCCAAGUUAACCAGGCCCAGAAACAAAGGCGUCGUACUUACCGUGCUCAUGGGCGUAUCAACCCCUACAUGUCUCAUCCAUGCCACAUUGAGUUGACUUUGUCCGAGAAGGAAGAGGCAGUGAGGAAGGAGCCCGAGUCCCAGUUGGCUACCAGCAAAUAGAAGACUAACAAGCCUCUCAAGUGUUUUAAGCAUAUCAUCGGUGUAGCCUUGAAACAAAUUUUGGGGUUUCUUAUAUUUUGUUAUCUUGGUUUUGUAGACAAGAUUUCAUCUAGAUUUACUUGUUCAAUAGCACAUUGUCCAUGGAGAGCGGAGAAUAUCUAGUUUUUUUUGAGGAAAGUAACCCUGCUGUUUUUGGUAGCUCUUUUACUGCAGUGUUAUGUAUGCUGCCAUUUUAUCCUGCUUUUAUA